AUGAACGCCAUCGAGCUCACCGCAGUGGCUGCAAUGGCGCUGCCUCCUCUCCACCCAGGCUGCCAGAGCGAGCUGCUGGACAUGGAGCUGGAAGAUGCAGCAGCAGGCCGCGGCACGCCGGCUCGCCGCUUGCACGAGACAACUCCUCCGCUCCAAGAAGAAGGUGGGCGUGGGUGCGCUCGUCGUGUGAAGCGCGGCACGCCCCUCGUGAUCGUGAGCCGCCGCGGCGGAGCUCGUCUCGAUGCUUUCGAUGUCGCCCGAGCCCGUGGGUGUAAGGAGAAUCGCAGGUCUGUCGAGCUCACCGUGGGCACCGCGGAGCUCAGACCCAGCUACGGCAAAUGCCACCCGUCUGAAUUUCGCUGCGCCGGCGACGACUUCGGCGUGUGUUGCGCCCUAGGCCCGUGUUCCCGUACGACGGUCAGAGGUGGCAGCUUCUGCUUCCCCGCUCACGAGCUCUUCGUCCAUGACGGCGGUCGGCCCGCCCACGUCCGGCCUCGCCGCAGCAUUGACCUCGAGUAUUCCACGACAACUACAGACUCAAGUUCGCCCACGCUUCGUGCAGCUCGACAUACUGUGCUGUCCAAGCUCUACGACGAGGAUUCGGAGUCAAGUCUCGCCGCACUCCCAAGCGGUCAGCACGUUUUGGGGGCACCCGUGCGCACUCCGCGCACCCGCUACAAGAAGGAGAAGGAUAUUUCGUGGCACCCAAGCCCGUGA